AGCACCUUUGUUUCAAGAUCGCCGCCCCCAUCGUCUGCAGACGAUUGGGGCGGCGCGUCCCCUGCAGAUGGCAGGGGCGCCGCAGACCGCGUCGGCGUCCAUGGCGCGGUACGUGGCGGUGAAUGGCGCAGCAGGGGAGCUGUGCCAGAUCCAGGUGGAGGAGGGCUGGACGACAUGGAACUUGAAGGAGGCCAUCUCUCAAGCCCGUGGCUUGGAGCCGUUGGAGCAGCGCCUCAUCUGCGGCCUGCGCGAGCUCAAGGACACCGAAGCACUGGAACUCCUCGCGAGCGAACAUCCCGAGGUGACCCUGGUGCGACGGAGCGAGCAGCAAGUGAAGUGGCUGCGCAUCGCCGAGGAGGACUGGAGUGAGUUGCUGAAUGAGGCCGCUGAGGCUUGGGAGGACAAGUCGGUGGUCUUGGCAGCAGUGAGCUCUUGCGGUUGGGCCUUGCGCUAUGCAUCCGAGGAGCUGAAGAAUGACCAGGAUGUGGCAUUAGCUGCUGUGCAGCAGAACGGCUUAGCUUUGCAGUUCGCCUCGCCGGCGCUGCGCGCCCAGCGCGCCCUGGCGCUGGCCGCGGUGGCGCAGUGCGGCCGCGCCUUCGCCUUCGCAGCGGAGGAGCUGCGGAGGGAGCGGAGCUUCGUGCUGGCGGCGGCCGGGCGAAACGGCCAUGUGCUGAAGUACGUGGAGGAGGCCCUGCAAGACGAGGAGGUGGUCCAACAGGCCAUCGAGCAGUGCGGCAGCGCUUUGAGCGAUGUCUUAGGCGAUGCCUUUGAGGAGAGCUCCAGGCAGAAGAAGAUCAAACACGUGCUCCUGGACAAGGGCGUCUUGGGCUCCGACCUGAAGCCUUCGCGACAGAUGGAGUUGGAGCAGAUCCCCAACAUUUGCUUCUUCGGCCUGGACACCGACACCUCCUCCGCGCCCGGCGCGCGCGGGGUGCAGCGCGCGCUGGGCCCCGCCGGAGCGGGGCUGCUGGAGAUGGCGGCGCUGGGGUUGCCGGUGCCACGGGGGUUCUGCCUCACGGAUGGAGCGCAGUGGGGCGAGGCGAAAAUGGCCUUGAGGCAGUUGGAGGCCUUGCAUCAGCACACCAGCCGUGGACCGCUGCUCUUAUCGCUGCGGAACGGGCAGACCGAGAUCUCCAACUUGGGCUUGACCGACGAGAUUGCCUUGCAACUGGCGACGGAGAACGCCAACUGCGCGUGGGACUCCUACCGCCGCCUGGUGGUCUCCUAUGCCAAGACGGUGCACCGCCUAAGCGCGGAGCCCUUCGACGCGGAGCUUUCCAAGCUCAAGGACCAGCUCGCAACCAAGGAUCAUCUUGGUGGUCGCUUGGAAGAUUGGCAGCUGCCCACCCGCGAGCUGGAGAAGUUGGUGGAGACUUACAAGCUCAUCUUCGAAGACCAGACUGGAGAAGCCUUUCCUCAGGACCCGGAAGUCCAGUUCAAGAAGUCCCUGGCGGCGCUGGAGGGCACGGUGAUCGUCGAGAGCAUGGUCUUCGGCAACUACGACUUCGACUCCGGCGUCGGCGUGCUGCAGCUGCAGGAGCCCGGCCUCAACGGCGCCUGGCUGCCGAAGGCGCAGCGCGAGGACCUGCCGGAGCGACCGCGCCGGUCGCUGUCGAAGCAGCACUCCCAGGACUGGGCCAAGGCCAAUGCGAUCUCUGAGAGCGUGCGCGAGACCGAGUUCCUGUCCUUGGAAGAGAAGUUCUUGCCCGUUUGCGCCGGUCUGGCGCAUUGCAAGGACGUGUUGUUGAAGGCUCACCUUCAGGUGGAUGCCGUGCACUUUGCGGUCCAGCAAGGCCGUUUGUGGCUCCUCGGCCCGGCGCCCACGUCGCCGGCGAGCGCGUCCACGGCCAGUGGGGGCAGCGAGUGCAGCCUUUUGGAGGAGCCGGAGGAGCUGCCAGAGCCGAUUCCACCUGAGCCAGAGCUCGAGCUGCCGGAGCUUUUCGAGGAGUCUGAGCUUCCCGAGACUGCUCCUGAGCCGCUGCCGGCCGCUGCGACCGAGCUCCCUGAACUCGUGACCCGCCGCGACGGCUUCCGCAGCUUCGGCGUUCGCGGCGGCGGCGCGGUGCGCCUGCGCUUCUGGGGCCGCGGAAGGAAAGCGCCGGCGGCGGCGCCGGCGCCGGCGGCCACGGUGGAGGAGACGACGGUGGCACGGCUGGCGCUGCCGGUGUGGCAGACGAUGUUGGCCGGCGGGUUGGCAUGCGUGGCUCACCGGGCUGUUGCUGGGAGUGUGGAGGACUUGCUGAAGCGCGGAGGGGUGCGGCAGGCGCCCCAGGUUCUGGCCAAGAACCUGCUGAAGUUCUCUGGGGGAUUUCCUUUUGGGGCUUUGUGCUGCAGCUUGUAUGUGAACUUCUUGCAUCGCUCGGGAGAGGUGAACUGCUUGGAACGCCUCAGCUGCGCUUCCGCCGCGGUGACCUUGGCCAGCGUGGCGACGUAUCCGCUCCACACCGAGAAGAUGCCCUCGGUGUCCAAAGGCGCCCCUUUCUCUCCUUCCAGUGCCCUGGUGGCAGUGCGACAGCAUGGGUGGAAGGCCUUGAGGAGCGCCAACCCCGUGGCCGCCGCCGAGCUGUGCACGAUCGACUUGGCCCGGCAGAUCGGGCAGAGCUGCGGAGCGCCCAGCAGCUAUGGCCUCCUGUUCGCCUCCGGCUGCGCGGCAGGAUGCUUCACACAAUCCGUGGUGCACGCGCACAGCGCCCUCACACAGAGGUCGGACACCAACCGCCGCGAGCGGUUCCAGGCCUUUUGCAGGGCAGCAGGCCCCUCCUUCCUCAAGCACGCGCCCGCCGUGGGAGUGAACUCGUUGGUGCGUGUGGGGCUGGUGACGCAUUUCAUGAAUCAACAGUGAGAGAUGCCAGGAACGCAGCAGACGCCAAGAGACCCGUGCCGUACAGCAGACGAUUUCAGUUGGUUGGGUUCCUG